AUGUCACCAGACUGCAUGGUGCCGGGACAUACAGAUUUACCUGACAGGCCCUCUGCAGAUAAACAGAUUCAGAAGUUCCCGGAAAAUGCAGGGUUCAGAAAUGUUUAUCGACCUACACAAGCUCUUAAUGGACGACAGGUGUUGGCUUCCCCUGCAACUCCUUUACCCAGUCAUCCAUGGUGCUAUCAUGAUCACUGUGAAUACACGCAGUCUGAGUGGAGCCGCCUGCCCAACGCCUACUGCGCCGGGGAAAGCCAGUCACCCAUCAACAUUUCGAAAAGCAGCGCCGUGAAGGAGGAGAAACUCGGUGCAUUCCACUUUGAAAAGUUUGACGACAAACAUGUCAUCGAGAAAAUCAUUAACACAGGCCACACAGUGAAGUGCGUACUGAAGGAGGGUGUGGAGGUCUCAGGUGGAGGUUUGGGACACGUCUUCUCCACCCUUCAGUUGCACUUCCAUUGGGGCGCGCAUGACUCUGAAGGCUCUGAGCACACAGUGGAUUCAAAGAGAUACCCAAUGGAGAUGCACAUAGUCAACAAGAGGAAGGAUUUAACUCUCGAACAGGCACUACAAACUACUGAUGGUCUGGCUGUGCUUGGGUUCUUUAUUGAGGCCACAGGCGCAAAGGAAAAAAGCCGCAGCAGUUCAGAACAAGGCGCGUCCUCAUCUGAUAUGGACGCCUGGAAAAAACUCACCAGCUAUCUUUCAGCUAUUAAAAACAUCAGUUCAGAAGUUAACGUCACCGAAGAGAUCUCCAUUGACGACUUGCUUGGCAGCGUGAACAGAGAGUCAUACUAUCGCUACAACGGCUCCUUGACCACGCCUUCAUGUAACCAAGCUGUGGUCUGGACCGUGUUUAAAGAGUCCAUCAAGGUGGACGAAACCCUGAUGAUGAUGUUUCCGACUGAGACAGGAUAUCACAACGUGUUUCGGAGUGCGCAAUGUCUUCACGGCAGGACCGUUUACACCACGGCAGCCGUAGCCAGAGCCCCCGUCUCCAUCUCACUGCUGCUCGCGUGUCUCUGCGCCUUUCACUUUAGAUUACAUUUCUGAUAAGUUUUACUAAUUGGAGCUUCUGUAGAGCCAAAUAUUGUAAUGAUUAUCAGUCCCUUCAGAUUGUCCUUUUAAUCAUUGUUAGCCAAACACCUAAAGUAGUGUUCAAUCAGUGAUUUGUAUACAGUGCAAUUAUAUCAUCUUUUAAUCAAGAAUACAACAAAAUAAGCCUCUCUAGAUAAGUACAUGACCUGGGUAACACUUGAUUUAAUAAUCACCAUAUGUUUUGUCAAAACAUGACAUCAUUUAUUAAACGCAAUAAUAAUUCAGCCUUGGGUAGUAAUCGAAUACUUUUCUUGAUUAUCCUAAACAACUUAU